AUGAAGUUAGGCGGGUUUGCGCUCAAGAAGAGCAAGAAGAAGGCACUUGGGGCGUCCACUGGCUUCUCAAGUUUUGUCUCUGCGGCCUCACAAGACUCUAAGAAGGUAUUUGUGACGGACUUUGAUCCGAAUGCACUCGUUGAGGAUCAAGUAAAGCCACUGGUUAUUCCUUUAUUGGAGACAAAUACUUGGAAAGCGGAAUCAAGCGAUGGGAAAAUAGGUACUUUGACGGUCGAAUUGGGUGCUUUAUCAGCCGAUCAAGAGGCAACGACCCAACUUCUCGCUGAAAGCAAGGCACCUGUAGAUGGCAAUGAUAUGCAACAGGAGCUGGUGAUCCCGGUUAUUAGCAAGCGAGAGAAGAGACGAGCGGAGCUGUUUGAGGAUAGUGAAAAAAGACCUAAAAAAGAGCAGCAAAAGCCCAUUUUGCAGCAGAACGUCGUUCCGGGACUGGACGAAUUACAAGACGUUACAGAAAAGUACCGACAUGAUGUGGCACAACGCCCUGACGCGCCAGAUGUACACAGCGAUGUGUACAAGUCAGUACCUGUAGAGGCUUUUGGGGCAGCUCUUCUUCGGGGUAUGGGCUGGAAAGGAGACGUGGACUUGGAAGAUGUAGGAGAAGCUCCAAAGCCGAGACAUAAAUUGCUGGGACUGGGAGCAACUAAGAGACCUGGUGAGGACAAGAAGACGAGGAAAAAGAGGAGAAAAACCGAGACUCUGGACGAUAAGAGACGCCCUGGACUCAAGAGAGAGGACGAAAAGCAUUUACUGGACCGAGAACGACGUCGCAGUUGUAGUAUGAGUCGAAGUCGUUCAGACCGCCGAAAGCGGAGUCGCAGUCGCAGUUACAGCCACAGCCGUGAUGAUCAAGGUAGUAGUCGCAGGCGUGGCCGAGAUCGAGACCGUCAUAGACGCAGUCGCAGCCAUAGUCGUGGUAGCCGUUCGGAUCGUAGACACUAA